AUGGAAGAAACUUCGGAUCGUCCUAUCAGGAUUAUGAAUUUCGUCUCCGAAGAUCAACUGGUAGAAGCGAAAAGAACAAGGGGUGAACGAGUUGAAGACGGAACUGCCCAGAGAGAUAGACCUCUCUACGACAUUCUAAAGGAGAAUAAGGACAAAAAGGAUGCGGAAUUCAAUGAAAGGUUUAAGCACAGACCACCUAAAGCUUUAGAUGAAGAUGAGACUGAGUUUCUCGAUAAUUAUGAAGCAACAAGACGGGAAUAUGAACGACAAGUGGCAGAUGAGGAAGCCCAACAAAUCCGAAGCUUUCAAGCAGCAGUGGAAGCACAGUCCAACAUCGUGCAUGAAGUUAAGGAAAAAACCCCUUUACCUGUUGUCCAGGAACAAAAGUCUGCUUUAAAGAAAAAUCCAACCUCUCGUCCAUUAGGCAUGAUUAUAAAAGUCAAGCCCCAAGCUAAAAAAGCCAGAGUGGAUGAAAGAAAUACUGAGGAAAUUUCAAAAGCAGGAAACAUUACUCCGAAUGAUAAAAAUAAGUCUUUGGAACCGGUACAGUUCCGGAAUGGCGAAGCUGAUAAGUCUCGUGAAAUUGCCCUAACUGGCCUUGUGUCAUACAGUGACGAAAGUGACGAUGACUUGUAA